AUGUCACUCAAUUUACGGAAUAGAAUAUCUAAAAGUGACCUGUUUAAAUCCGAUUUGGCAAAGGCGCUUAAUGAUUUGAGCAAAUUAAAAGAGCUAGCUAGAUGGGAUAACGAUAAUUAUGAAAGUCAAAUCGAUACAGAAACACUUCGACGUUAUCUAAAAGUGAAAUCCAAGGAGGCUGAAGAGUUCAAUAAUAAAAAAGAACAUUUGAAAAAUAUACUAAUCAGUGAUGAAAAAGAAAUUCUGAAAGAGCGUAAAACGCUAGAUGAGGAAAAACGUGAACGUCUGAAAUUUAUGAGAGAACAAGCCGAAUUGUUAGAAAAGCAAAAAAGGGAGGCAGAUGAGAAAAUUGCGCGUGAAAAGUAUGACCAACGUCUUCGUGAAGAAUGCUCUGAAUUUCGUCAGGAGUUAAGUAAACGUAGAGCUAAUGAGAUUGCUCAUGAUCUGUUAAUCCAAAUCGAAAUGAAACAGAAACAAAAUCUUUUGGAGAAACGGCUAAAUGACUACUUGGAUACACUUGUAUUACAUCAUUCAGAAGAUAAAUCUGAUGAAGCUGCUGCUCAGAUAGUUGUAGAAGGAAAGAAAUGCGUUGCAAACUUCUUAAGACAACAGAUAGAAAGAAAGGAGCAUGAGAAACUUGCUGAGAAAAGGGAGAAGAUGAAACAAGCAAACGCUUUGGAGGAACGAAAUAAGCAACUACAGCAAGAAAAAGAAGAUGAAAUAGAACAAAAGAAACUGAAGUCUCUAAUGAUUAAAUCGGAUUUGGACAAGUGUUUACAGGAAAAACUAUUAAGGAAAUCAGAAGAGAACAACCAGAAGUCUCAAUACAAUAGUUUGUUAACAGUAUUAAAUCAACAAAUAGAUGCAGAGAAGAGUGAACAACAGCGGGACAAGGUUGCUUUAGAGAAUGAGGCGAGGCAGUAUUUGGAGCAUAUUCGUAAUUCAAAAGAGGUUGAAAAAGAAUAUGACAAAGAACUGAACAGAAUUAUUGACGGACAUAUUGCCGAGCAACAAAAGAUUGAUCACCAUAAGCAAAUGCAGCUUCUAACGGCUAGAGAGAAUUUGAAAAAUGAUGUCAAUGAAGUAUGUCGACAACAAAUAAUAGAAAAAAAGAGAAAACAUGAUGUGGAUAAACUUGAACGCAUAGAAGAAGCAAAACACCUUAAUGAAUUUAUUCAGAAAUUGGAUUUUGAUUCUAAGCAUAAGCUACACUUACAACGUCAGAAAAUUGCAGCAUAUCGUAAAGCAUUAGAGCAACAAAUUGCUGACCAACGAAAUAGACAUCAACAACUAUUAGCUGAUAAGGAGCGAGAUUUAGAGGAAAAUAAAAAAACACAAGAACAUUUAGAUGAACUUGUGCAUAAAAUUGUCAAUUCAAACGAAAAUGAUCUCAAUAAACAUCCAUGGCAAAAGUUAGUAGCUACUGGUCAUUCGUCUAUUCCAGUAUGGGAUGGGGAAUUAAAAUUAUCGGAGUUUGCAAAUACGAGGCAUUAG